UUUGUGGUUCACAUGGUGGCAAAUGCUGUAAAUUGGUACGAAUAUCUCCACCAAAACCCUAAUUGCGAAGAGAGGCGCGAUAAACAGACGCACACAGAACGCUUCCGUCGUCUCCAGUCUCUCCGCCGGCAAAUAGCAGCAGCAUCUGCAAUCAGCCAUGGGUAAGGUUCACGGGUCGCUCGCGCGUGCCGGGAAGGUCAGGGGUCAGACCCCGAAGGUCGCCAAGCAAGACAAGAAGAAGAAGCCCAGAGGCCGCGCCCACAAGCGCUUGCAGUACAACCGGAGGUUCGUCACCGCCGUUGUUGGAUUCGGGAAGAAGAGGGGGCCUAAUUCUUCUGAGAAGUAAGGUUGCUUUGUGGGGACUUUUUACUGUUUUCUUAUGAGGCAUUAGUUUCAUUUGAAGUUUCAGAUUAUGGUUUGACAUUAUCUACUGGUUCUGUUUCGUCGUUCUAAAUCGAAGCAUGUUUUGAUUUCCGGAUUGGUAAAUGCUUAUUAAUAUCUGCUACUUUUGAGUC